UUUCGGCUUCGACGAAUCGUACGCGCCUGUGCCGAGUCGUCAUCAUUGCUAGUUCGGAAUACUGAGCGAAGCGGUGGCGGCCAAAGGGUUCAGAAUGAGAGCUUCAAUCGCGGCUGUGUGCUCGGUUCUCCUCGCGGUAUCUCAUAUGUGCAACUGCCAGCUCUCGAAAUUAUCUCAAGCGGUCGCCGAUUGCGGCUCAGACCUAAAGUUGACCCCGGAAGUCACAACGAAGAUAACCGAUACGAUUGGCAAACAUCUCGCCCAGUUGAAACAAGAUUCCCAGCUGGCUCAAGUUGGAGCAGCGAUCGAGAGAGACGUCCGGAAUCUUCUGAAUGGCGCGGGAGUGGCCGAUAAGUACUCGGCGUUCGAGGCCUGCGUAGCGAAGAAGGUUUCUUGAGGCCACUAGGGACGGAAUGGGAAUGUUGCGGGCUAGAAUUCCUACGAACGAAUUCCGGAGGGGUCGCUUGAAGGGGACGAAUGAUGGAGGCCAUCAU